UAGGCCAUUCUCUGGAGCAGUCAGAAGAGGCAAAGUCAGAAUAAGAAGGUUUGAGAGAAACCAGGGGAGCCUUGUGGAAGGGCAAAAGCUCCCUGCCCUGUGAUGGCUUUCCGUUUUCUGGGAUACGUUUUUCUAGUCCUGUCAUGGGUGUGCUUUACAGCUGAGGCAGCUGAAAAAGAAUGUGGACCACCUCCUAGAAGAGAUCAUGAACAGCCUGUGGAAGAAUUGAUUGAAGAGUCAUUUGCACAUGGAAUGACAAUAUCAUAUAAAUGCCGACCUGGAUACGUCAAAGCUUGGGCUGUUAGAGUUCGCUGUAAUGAUGGAAUCUGGGAACAAUUGUCACCUUUGAAGAACUGCACAGGAGUAUCUUGUGGACAUCCUGGAGACGCUGAUUAUGCCACUUUUGAACUUGUCCGUGGGAAUGGUUUUACUUUUGGUGCCCGUGUUGUUUAUACGUGUGAUGAAGGCUAUAAGAUGCUCAGCCAAUAUGAUUACCGUGAUUGUCGUGCAAAUGGAUGGACCAACGAUGUUCCUCACUGUGAAGUCAACAAAUGCUUUCCAGUAGCACCACCAGCAAAUGGGAGGAUUGUUCAGGGAGCAAAAGCUCAGGUGGACGAUGAUUUUUUAUCUGGUGACAUAGUGAUAUUUGGAUGUCCUGGAACCUUCAAAAUCAAAGGAGCUGAUAAAAUUACUUGUAAAGGUGAUGGCACCUGGAGUGCGCCUGUCCCAGAAUGUAUAGAAAUAACUUGCCAGGCAGACUAUAUUCAGCAUGGAACCAUAUUAUCUCUAAAGAACAUUUAUAAGGAAGGUGAAAGAAUACGAUUCUCCUGUGAUGAAGGAUAUACAUACGUUGACCGAUCAGAUGCAUUAUGUACUGAGAGUGGAUGGGGUACAAAGCUUGAGUGUACAGCAAUUCAGUGUCGCCCUCCACAAGUGACGAAUGGCCGCUUUCAACCUAGACAACCUCAAUAUGUGUAUGAUGAUGAAAUCGAAAUAAGCUGCGCAGAAGGGUUUAUCUUUGGAGGCCCAAGAAAGAUUUCCAAGUGCACUGAGAAUGGUUGGAAGCCUCCUGCCAUCUGCAAACGAAAGGGUUGUGACUAUAUCCGUAUAGAAAAUGGAAGAAUGUCUGAUUAUUAUCAUAAUCAGUGGAACACAGCAUUUCCAAGAUGGGAGGGACAAACUAUUGACUUUUAUUGUUAUCGUGGAUUUCUGCCUGAAAACAGACAAACAUGGCACAGGGCUACAUGCAUCAAUUCUCGCUUUGUCCCAGAACCAAAGUGUUUCAAAACGUGUGAUCCUUCUUCACGUUUUCGUCAUGGUUACUUCGUUUAUACUUAUCAGAACAACUACAUAGAGGGUGACAACAUUACAUUUGCUUGUUACGAUGGAUAUUCUCCUGCAGAGCAGCAGUCAACAGUCAGGUGCACAAGAAAUGACUGGUCACCUGUUCCAAGGUGCAUCCAACCAGUACCAGUUGAACGCACCUGUGAGAAGGUUUCUCUACCUCAUGGGUAUUUUGCUCAUCGGAAACAGCGUUUUCAGGUCAAUGAAGAAGCAAAAUAUCUAUGUUAUGAUGGCUAUACAACUCCAGAAGGAGGGACUGAGGGACAGACACGGUGCCUUGAAGAGGGCUGGAACCCAGAGCCAAAGUGUACCAAGACGUGUCAAAAGCCACCUGCAGAUAUGUUUAUCCUCAACUCAACGAAGUCGGUUUUCUUCUCUGGGGAUGAACUUCAGUAUGAAUGUAAAGAGGGGCUUGAAACCCUUAAAAAAACCACUGGUGACACCGUUGUGUGCAGUGAGGAGGGAUGGCAGUCAACUCCUGCAUGUCUGCCAAUAGAAUGUCAAACUCCAUUUCUGGAUAAUGGCAUGAUUCACCCAAGAGAGGACAAAUUCCUGCACAAAAUGGUGGUGCAUUUUAAAUGCCAUGGAGGAUUCACAAGAGUUGGGUCUGAGUCUGCACAAUGUUACCACUUUGGAUGGUCUCCACAGCCUCCAAUCUGUAAAGAAAAUGUUAAACCUUGUCAGGCACCACCCAGCAUUUUACACGGCGUGGUUAUUGGUGACCUUAAAGAAGUAUAUCAGCAUGGUGAUAACUUGGAAGCUCAGUGUAACAUCUCAUUUGCACUUCAUGGAUCAAAAAGCAUGGAAUGCAUGGAUGGUGAAUGGGCACCCUUACCAUCAUGCAUAGAGGAAGUAAAAACUUGUACACGGCCUCUGAACAUUAAGAAGGGAACACCUGUCAGUGUUAAGUCAACUGCAUACCGGCAUGGUGAAACUGUGCUAUAUGAAUGCCGACAACGUUCUGUUAUUACUGGGACCAACCCAGCCAAGUGUCUUCAUGGGCAGUGGGAAGUACCAUCAUGUCUUGUUAAUCCACGACUAUGUACACGUCCAUCGAAUGCAGUCUUUCAACCAGAUGUUUCUCUUGCAAAGCAGUUUAAGAUCAAUGAGGUUGCAACCUACCUGUGUGGUUCCAAUCAACAUGAAACAAAAUGCAUUGAUGGAGUAUGGUUUCCCGAGCCACUAUGUAAAGAAACCUGCCCUCCACCACCUCAGCUUCCCAAUGCCAUCAAUAUAGCCGAGAUGAGAAUCUACAGGAGUGGAGAAGAAAUCAGCUUCAGGUGUAAACAACAAUUCCUUCUUCGUGGGCCACAAAAAAUAAAGUGUGAAGAUGGAAAGUGGCAAACACCUCCACGCUGUCUUGAUUUACGGUGUAGCCCUCCUCCUGAAAUUGACAAUGGUGUAGUAAAAAUGGGUAAUCGCACAACAUUUUUACCUGGUGAAAGUGUGGAGUAUCUCUGCUGCUCAGGUUUUGAAACUGAUCAGAUAAAAUAUGUAAAAUGUGAAAAUAAGAAAUGGUCUAAACCACCUGUUUGCAAAGAAAAGUCAUGUGGUGUGUCCCCCAGAGUCCCAAAUUCUUCAUUAGAGCGAGAAGAUAGAGAACGAUAUGAAUCUGGAGAAAUAAUAAAUUAUACAUGUAAUCUAGGGUUUGAUGCUAAAGAACCAACUAGCAAAACAUGUAAAAAAGGACAAUGGGUGGGAUCUUUCACUUGUGAAGAUACAACUUGUCCAGAACCUCCUCCAGUUGAACAUGCUGUAAUUGUGGAAGAGAGCCGCAAAACGUACCUGUCUGGCCAGCAAAUAAAUUAUCAGUGCAAUGACGGUUUUGAAAUAUCUGGGUCAGCUACGGUAACAUGUACAGAAAAGAAGUGGUUACGUUUACCGAGAUGUGAAGAUGUAAGAUGUCCUCCUCCCCCUCAACUCCCAAAUGGUCAGAUGAACGGUAUAAUAAAGGAAAGGUAUUUGCCCAUGGAGAGGGUGAGCUAUCGAUGCCGCUCGGGUUAUAGUCUUAUUGGACGUGCUUUCAUCACAUGUUCGAAGCAACGUUGGACAGAAGCACCGCGUUGUGCAGAUAUUGGGGGAAGAUGUGGACGCCCACCUCAUGUGGAUGAUGGAGACAUCGUGGAGAUCCCCAAGUCAUACUAUAACACAAAUGACAGGGUAACUUAUCAAUGCCAACAUCGUUAUAAAAUGAUAGGAUCUCCAAGAGUGACUUGUCAAAAUGGCUAUUGGUCACAAACACCAACAUGCAGAGUUCCUUGUACAGCAAGUGAAGAAGAUAUGAGACAACACAAUAUAAAGUUGAGGUGGAAGCCAGAUGAUAAAAUAUAUUCUGAGGCUGGAAAGGUGGUUGAAUUUGAAUGUAAAAGAGGCUAUCAGCCAGAUCCAGCUUCUGGAUUAUUUAGAGUUCCUUGCAUAGAAGGGAAAUUUCAAUAUCCACGUUGCAUUGAUCUCCAGGUAAAUGAACAACAGGACAUAUACAGCAGCCUUUCUGAACCAGAAGACAGAUGUCAGGAAUCAUGUAUCAUUCGCUUUAAUAUGACCAUGUGAAACUGGAUUCUCCUUUUUGAAAAUUGUUUUUAUCUGGAUUGGCUAUUAACAGUGGGUCUGAACCGAAAAGCCUACUUUGUAAAAGCCAAACUUUACCAACUGUUAUUACUGGAAAAUGAUAACAUUUAUAAGCAUGUUUAUGGACCACCUUUAAGGCAGAUAAAAUAUUACAAUGUAACUUUAUAUAAUUCUUUAAAAAUACAUCUGGAGUGAGGAAUGUAGAUUUUUUCUAUAUACAUUUUAGCUGUAAACAUUUGAUUAAUCAGAAUUAUCAAUCAUUAGCCCAUGUUAAAGCAAUGACAAUAGAUAAUCACAGUUGAUAUUUUUAGCAUCUGGUUGUGUUGAGUUCAUUAAAAAAAAUUAAAAAAUCCAAAAAUGA